AUGCUGACGAGCAAUCUCUCAAAGCAAUUGGAAAAUGAUUUCAUUCCUUGUGCGCAGAUGAGGCGACAUUUGGUGCUUAUACUAGCGGUGAUGGCCCUCGUUGGCCAUAACUUCGUCACAUGUCAGAGACAAGUAGGUCAAAGAGGGCAGGGUGGCAGCCAGGGUGGAGGUCCGGGAGGACCUGGAGGCAGCCAGGGUGGAGGUCCGGGAGGACCUGGAGGCAGCCAGGGUGGAGGUCCGGGAGGAUUUGGUGGUGGCCAGGGUGGUGCUCAAGGUGGACCUGGGAGCAACCAGGGCGGUGGUCAAGGAGGAUUCGGUGGCAGCAAGGAUGGUGGUCGAGGAGGACCUGGAGCGAACCUUGCCCGACUUCCCCGUUGUCCCUGGAGCGUCAAGGGGACGUGCACCGUCUGGUGCGAACGACAUUUGGACUGUCAUCGAGGGGAGAUCUGCUGCUUCAACGGAUGUGGAAGCUCCUGCUCUUCCUACGGUGAAAGCGGAAGAGGCGUGAGGUGCGGUGGGACGAGAUGUGACGAGGGGGAGAAGUGCAUCUCGGGUCAACGAGACCAAUGCUUCCGUGACUGUCAAUCUAGGGAAGUCUGCGUGCCCAAAAAGAUGGUGACGUGCGAAUCCGUGAAAUGCCCCCCGGGCCGUGCGUGCGUGAACAUCCUGGAGGGCGACUGCCGCUUCGGGAGAUGCGAGGGCCGCUCCGAAUGCAUCCGGCGAGGCGGUCCUCGUCGUCCUUGACCUUUGGAGGUCCUUUCAUCGCAAUUUUUCAGCAUGAGAAGCCUGCAGGCUCUUUUACCCUUUCUCGCGUGAGAUUUACGGGCCGGCGCGUGUGCGUGUCUCAUUUUAUCGCUAAGUCUGCAGAUGAAAAUAAAGCAUUAUUUAGAGAUUAGUCUCCUGAGAUUA